AAAACCCGUCGCAGAACAACACCUUUAUCCUCAAAUUGCUCAGAAAGCUCAACGGUCCCCAAGCGGCCACGCUCCUGUUGCCAUGGCGACUGGGCGAGAGGCCGGAAGCUAGGCCUAGCUUGGGGUUGCCUAUCCGCCUUCUGGUCGCCGCGCCUUGCCCAGGCCAGGAAGAGUUGCCUGAUGACUCUGUGAUCACUGUUCUUUGUCACCUGAGGUGAUGGGACCAAGCCAGCCAGCUUCUACCUGUGUUCACCUAGCAUCUAGUAUCCAACUAGAUGGAAGGAACGACCCCAAGAAUCUUCACCCCCAGAACCAGCUGCAAUUUAAUAAGAAUGUUCCUACACAUCCCAGCAACUUGGCAGUUCGAUACUCUUGUCCACAUGCAAUUAAAAUUGAAAAACUGAAACACUCAUAUAAUGAAUUGUAUCCUUGUAAAGACUUGGAUUUUAGAACCGGAAAUGAUUUAAGCAGUUCUGUCUCAUUUUCUGUCAUAUCAGAAGAGAGGCUUAGCUAUGCUGUCCACUUAGCCAAAAGAGAUGUAAAACGAAGACAGUUUGAAGAACACAUGAAAGAUCAUCUCAGAAGUCAGCCCCAGAGCUCUCACAAAUGUGUACACACCAAGGUGGAAAAGAAGGACUCAAAGAGUCAGGAUGUCUGUCAUUACAGCCACCAACCAUCCAAAGUAGGCAUUUCCAGCUCGGGUGCUAAGGUUUAUAUAUACACAUCUCAUCCAGGACGAUCAGAUCUUACUGUACCAAAUUCACCACCUACCCAUGAUCCAGGACUUCAGCCACAACCCAGGAUAGAGGAGCACAAAAACCUAUGGGAACAGAAAAGCCUUCUAGAAGUUCAGCGACUCCGAAAGGAAUUGAGCAGUUGUAUCCAUAAAAUAGAAGCAGUAACUAAAAAAGGUAGACUAGAAGAAGCUUUGGAUCCAGAUGAAGAGCAUCGAAUCCAAGUGAGGAGACAAGAGCAAGCUGUGCGUUCUGCUCGUAUGCUCUACGUUCUUCAGCAGCAGGUAAAAGAAAUCCAGGAAGAAUUGGAUAAAUUGAGUCCACAUAAAAUUAAACAUACUAAGAAGUCAUGGGCAAUGUCUAGGCUGGCAGCUGCUCAUCGAGGAGCCAUCCGGGCCUUACAGAUGUUUGUCACUCAGUUUACUGAUGGAGGGGAGCACCCAGUUCCUGCUCGGUGUAAGGAACUGGGCAGCCUUAUUCGUCAGCUUUCACUGUGUUCUGCCAAGCUGGAUACUGAUCCUUCUGUGCCAGAUGUGGUCAUAGACAUCUUGCAGCAAAUUGAGGCUUUGGAAUCUCUCCUGGAAAAGAAACUGACACCUAAAAAGGUAAAGAAAUGUAUCACAGAAAUUCGGAGCAAAUUUCCUAUUGGAAGCCAAAGAAUCUUACAGAAAUGGCCAACUGUACUGCCCAAGAAUGAGAGGAGACCCUUGGUCACAAAGGAGACAUUUCCACAGGAAGCCAGUCGACCUUCUGUGGCAAAGAGGCUUCUUGCUGAUGACUGUCAGCCGGAUGUGGAGCUUCCAGUGACUCAAAGGCUGGAGAGUGAACUUGGUGUGGUAGAUGAGGAUACUCUUCCAGGAGAAGCUCCUUCUAUGUUGGGCCAUGGUCCAGGCACCAAGGAUGAAGUACUAACCCCAACAAAAACAGGAGCAGUAAGAAAGAAGACUGCAACGGAGCAUGUGCCAUUUAGGAAGAAAGAUACUCUGGAGUCAGCUAGACUACAGCAGGGACUCCACAUAUCUGAAAGAAAUAGACCAAACCAACCUUACAGCAAAAGCAGGUUGCAUCAGACAACAGUAUCAUCCAGAUUAAAAAUGAACCGACUGCCUGUGAAAGACCACAGGGCUCCUUGGAUACCUCCAAACCCCACGUCCCCACCAGCCUCUCCUAAAUGCGCUGCGUGGCUAAAGGUGAAGUCCAUUCCAAGAGAUGCCACAAAGGAACAGUCCCUCCAGCAAGAAGAUACUGAGGAGGGAAGUCAGUUGGGAGGUGCUGCCAAGCAAGAAGCAGCCAGGCUUUCUUGGCCAGAUGCUCGGUCUUCCAAAAGAAUGAAGGAACUAGAAGAAUUGGAAGCCAAGGAAAUGGAAAGAAUGCAAAAGCAGAGACUUGAUUGGCUUGAGGCUGAGACUUCUAGAAGAACCAAGGAGCUGGAUGAACUGAAAGCUGAAGAAAUGGAUCGACUUCAAAAAUUAAGUGUUUCUGCCACCCAGUUAGCUGACAAGGUUGAGGAGGCAGUGCUGGAGCGGCUGAAACCCCUCUUGAUCAAAGCCCAGAGAGUUAAUUCUUCUGUGGAAGUAAAUAGUCUUUUGAAGGAUUGUCUGUCACCAAGUGCAGCAGCAGCAACAACAGUAGCAGCAGCAUCAACAGCAGCAGCAGCAGCAGCAGCAUCCCAGCCUGCAGAGCAGGCUUCAGGCAUCAGUUAUGGAUCCAGGAAUAUUCAUCAUCUGAAUGACCAUCUGGAAGAUGCUGCUCAUGAGCUCUGGGCCAUGACUCAUGAUAAGAACUUGGGGAUAGAAACUUCAGCCACAUUGGGGGACAGCAAGGAUAGCCCCGAUCUAGAGACCAUGAUGCUCCGGAUGGAGGAAAUGGAAAAAUACCAGGAGACAGUUCGCCAAAGAUAUAACAAAAUUGUAUACGCUGACCCUCAUUUAUGGAUGCAAGAAGAAAGAAAUGACCAGAGCAACCCAGCAGUAAGUGAAAGACCUUUGGCUCCCCUUCCAAUCAAGAUCACUAAGGCAGCAACUCCCAAGAGCCCAGCUGUGAACAUCUUAUUAGAGAGGCCCUGCAAUGCCAACUCACUGGAUGAAAGUGUGGGAACAGAAGAGGAAUCAGAGAAAAGGGACGCCCCCUUCCCCUCUGUUGGAGAAGAGCUGCAUCAGAAAGAAGGCAGAACUCCCCUCUUUGUCCCACCAAGGAUGCUGCACAGCAUUGGCGAUUACUGUAGCCGAUUUGAACAAUUCCUACGGAUCAUAUCUCAUGAGGCUAUAGGCUCCUUCAACCCAUGGCUACUAGCUGAAAGCUUUUCGGAUGAGCUGGUAGAUGAAGCCCUGGGGGCCGUGGCUGCGGAGCUGCAGGAUGUGUGUGAAGACUAUGCAGAAGCUGUGUUCACCUCAGAGUUCCUAGAGGCUGCUGCAUGAAAGCUGUCCAGGCAGGGCCCUCAUAUCUGGAGAAGGGACAGCACCACCCUGUGUCAGCCCAUGGGGAACCUUGUCCUCAGCUGCCCACUGAAGAGAAAGGCCAGUGAGGUCAUCCUCACUCCGUAUUCUCUCAUUGUCUUAGCAGUGCUUCUGGAAGUUACAGCAGGAUGGGUCAUGUUUCUUAGUGCCUGAGGAGCAUGAGAGGGUUAUAAUGAUGCAAUAUUUUCAGAAUGUGUAAUUUUCCUACUGAAAUGGUGUGUUCAUAUCUCUGACUCAGUUUUGAGAUCAAAAUGUUUUGAAAGGUAAUGGAUAAAGACAUUUCACAUAGGAAUCCCAGCCUCUAUUGAACCACAGAGGAGGGCUGAUCAGUGCUAACCCAAGUGCAGUCACUGUUGGCUCCCAGCACUGUUGGCACCUGGGGUAAAUGUGUUCCUCACAUUGUCACUGGCACUGUCCUAUGAGGACAUCUGUCCCUACUGGGUGGCAACCAAUGUGGAAUGCAAAGCGUAGCGAUGCCACUAAGCCUUUCUGCUCAACAUCAGUAGGAGUGGGUAGCCCAGUGCACAGGCCAAAGACCUUCUCCAAGGCUUCACUCCCUAGGGGAUUUUCACGUUUCCAGUUCCUUGAAGUCAUUUAUUGCUGUUUGACACAUGCUGGUAUGAAAAGCAUUUCUCUGAAUGUAAAGGAAGUUUGAGGAUAUGAGAGGGCAGGCCUUCACCAUGCCAACUCAAUUUCCCCAGAGAGCAGAAGAUCCUCUCCCCAUCACAGAGCAUCCCAUCUGGAGGAGGGAGCCAAAUGGGUGACUGGAAGACUUUUGGACUCUCCAGGGGACCAAAGACACCCACAUGGCCUUUGGAAGCCUCAUGGGUCCUGGUGCUAAGGUUUUCAGAAACUCUGAAUUAAGAAAAAGAAAAGGAAUGUGUGUAAAAAUAAGGCAACUGCACAAAAAAAAAAAAAAAAAAAAGGUUGUCUGGGACAUUAGUUAUUUUCAUGAGGUUUGGUGAAAGGAAUGGAAGAGAGGAAGGUGAGACAAACCCAAAGACGCAUGUAUGUGUGUGAACCUGGCUACCACAGGUGCCCCUAACCAGCCUCCCGCAAUUGUUCCUAAGGCAUCAGAAGUUCAGGUGAUGAUUCAAACUGCUUGGUCACACUUAUUUGUGCAAAAUUGAUUUUUUGUUUAAUAUUUUCUUGUUUAAUAUUAUUAAUGAUACAUAACCUCAGAAUGUAAAGGGCAUUGAGAUGUUCAUAGUUUUCAGUCUAGAGAGUUAAACAUGUGCACUUGAGCCAAUAGAAGCACUUGUCAUUGGUAGUAUAAAGUCAUUUGUGUGGCAGUUUUUACUGUGCUGUUUUAUAAAAAAUAAACUCAGUAUUUUAAACUAUGA